AUCUUGGUGUUGGAUGAAGCAGAUAGAAUGUUGGACGACAGUUUUGAUGAACAGAUGAAAGAAAUUAUCCAGCAGUGUUCGGGAAAUCGUCAGACCAUGCUCUUCUCAGCAACAAUGACCUCCAAGGUUAAGGAGUUGGCCCUUGUCUCUCUUAAGAACCCAGUCAAGAUAUUUGUAAAUGAGAACACAGAUGUUGCUAAAAAUUUGCGCCAGGAAUUUGUUCGCAUUCGUAAAAACCGUGAAGAUUAUCGAAAAGCAGUGCUAGCAUACCUGGUAUCUCGAUCCUUCAGUCAUAACUGUAUGGUCUUUGUUGGAACAAAGGUUCUGGCCCAUCAUUUAAACAUUCUACUUGGGUUGCUGGGAGUGAGGUCUGGUGAAUUACAUGGUAACCUCAAGCAAGCUGAACGUCUUCUAACUCUCAAAAAGUUCAAGGAUGAUGAAAUUGGUGUUUUAAUUGCUACAGAUGUUGCUGCCCGAGGUCUCGACAUUAAAGGAGUCAAGACAGUCAUAAAUUACACAUUACCUAAUAAGUAUGUUGGCUACGUUCAUCGAGUUGGUCGCACUGCCCGCGCUGGUCACUGUGGACGCUGUAUUAGCUUGGCUGGAGAACAUGAAUUCCUGAUGCUGAAAGAAAUAAAGAAAUGCUCUAAAACUGCGAUGUUUGAGAGAAUGCCAAACAAAGAUGUCCUUGAAAAGUACAAGGUCAAGUUGGACAAACUGAAGCCCACUGUCGAGCGUGUUCUUGAAGAAGAACUGGAAGAGAAAAAGUUGCUAUCAAUGGAACAAGCUAUCAAAACAAUGGAGAAUAAACUUGCCGGAAAUGUGGAAGUGAAGCCUGAUAGAAAGUGGUUCCAAACUGAAGAUGAAAUAAAGGCUAAAAAGAAAAAGUUUCUUGAAGCUGCUAAACAACAGAAGCUAACCAGAAUGGUUCAGAAGAAGAAAGGACAUAAACUUAACUUAGCUGAUGAUGAAGAAAGGCAGAUUAUGAAGCAGGUGAAGGUUUCAUCUCGCAUAGCCAAAAAGGCUAGCAGACUUCAACGUCUUAAUUCAGUGCAAGGAAACAUUCAUGUUGUACCCAGAUAUAUGGAGAAGCCCAAGAAAACUUCAUCUAAAUCUUCAUUUGAUCAAGAGCUAACUAGAACAGACAGAAAAUCUAUAAAGAAAUUCCGACAUGGGCCAUCAUUCCAAGAACGAAAAGAAGCAUUCCAAUUAAAAAAUCCAGGAAAGAAGUUCAGAGCUAAACAAAGGAAAUAGAAAGAAGAGAUUGGUAUGGAAGUAAUGUCUACUGGGAUAAAAUCUACAUCACACAUUCUUAGGAAGAAAAUUUUUUAGUGACAAAAACAAACAUAUGCAGUGUAUACAUUUUUUUUUUUUUUCAUCAACAACCUUCUCCAACCAAGACAAGGUAACCUAGAAGAGGAAACACAUUUACCAUAGUACAUUCAAUCUCUCUAACCAGAAGCAUGCUGACAUUACAGUACAGAUUACCCUGUGACUACAACAUCCCCACAUGUCCUUAGUGCAGGCAUUGCCCUUCCCACCCCUAGGACACGGGUCCUUUAUCCUCUACCUGGAGGUUACCUGGAGGUUAUUCCGGGGAUCAACGCCCCCGCGGCCCGGUCCAUGACCAGGCCUCCCCAUUAUUUUUUAUAUACAUACAGGAAGGUGCUGCUUAUACAGCAGGUUAGGUUUUGGCCUGCUGCUGUACAGUGAAUUAUAGCCUUUUUUCACUUUCAAAUACAUAUAAAAGCCUGAUAACAUGUUUACACUAUCAUAUUAAGUGAGCAGUAUAGCUAGGCCUAAAAAAUACAUAUACAGUACACACACUACUUAAAAUAUAUUUUCAUCCUUAGCUUAUAGUGAGUUGUGAAUAUAUUUAUUGUAGGAAGUCUAAGUAAAUGAGUAAAUGUAUUGCAUAUAUAUACACUCCCAGUAUACACACACAUACAUGCAUGCAUGUGCAUCCUUUGCCCACUCACUAUGCCUGGGAUAACCCCUACCCGUCCUUCCUUCCUUCCUUCCUUCCUUCCUUCCUUCCUUCCUUCCUUCCUUCCUUCCUUCCUUCCUUCCUUCCUUCCUUCCUUCCUUCCUUCCUUCCUUCCACCCAGACUUACACACCCACUUUGUCAUGUACCUUCUCUACAUGUCCAAACUGCCUCAAAUUCUCCUCCCUCAGCCUUCAUAAUAAUAACCCUUGUUGACCUCAUACCAAACUUUAAUUUCUACCUUCUGAAUUCCAUGUAUAAUGUUCACACCACACACUGCUGUAAAACAUAAGAAUUCUACUGCUUACAGCUUCCUCCUCCUUUGCUGCAGUAUUUAAAACCCCCUUCCUCCCUUAUGCCCACAUAAACCUGUUGGUACCACUAUACUCUGGUAUGUUUCCUCUUUGCCUCCAUAAAUAAAUUUGUUUCCAUAGAUGCUUCAACACACUACCAUUCUUUCCCCCUCAUCUGUACUGUGGUUCACUUUGUCUUUCAUAGACCCCCACUUGCAGACAUGUUCACUCCUAAAUAUCUGAAUACAUUCACUUCCUCCAUACUCCUUCACUCCAGUCUGACAUCCAAUUUUCUGGGUUUUUUUUUCAAUGCAUCACUCAUCUCCCAUUAAGGCAGGGUGACCUAUAAAGAAAAAUGAAAGUUUUUCUUUUUCUUCUUUCAAUAAAUCAGCCAUAUCCCACUGAGCCAGGGUGGCCCAAAAGAAAAAACAAAAGUUUCUCCUUUUAAAUUUAGUAAUAUAGACAGGAGAAGGGGUUACUAGCCUCUUGCUCCCAGGAUUUUAGUUGCCCCCCUUAUGACACACAUGGCUAAUGGAAGAAGAAUUCUUUUCCACUUCUCCAUGGAGAUGUAUAUUAUAUAUGUACAGUAACAAUUAAGGCCAUGGUUACAAAAAUUAAAAAAGUAUAUAAAUAA